CAAGCCUCCUGCCCGGGGAGAGGUCACACUGGAACAUCUGGGUGCCCGUGGCGGCUGGACACUCCCAGCUGCUGCCCAGUCCUUCCCCAAGUGGCCGUGCCAGGCGGGCCGCGCAGCUGCUGUUUCCUCCAGAGAAGGUGCUGGCAGUGCUCAGGGAAGGAAGCGGCCGAAGGAGGUGGAGUGGCGAUUCAGCCCCUCGAGCAACAUGUCCAACGCCCUGGCCAAUGCGGUUUGCCAACGCUGCCAGGCCCGCUUCGCCCCUGCCGAGCGGAUCGUUAACAGCAACGGAGAGCUGUACCACGAGCACUGCUUCGUGUGCGCCCAGUGCUUCCGGCCCUUCCCCGAGGGGCUCUUCUACGAGUUCGAAGGCCGGAAGUACUGCGAACACGACUUCCAGAUGCUCUUUGCUCCAUGCUGUGGCUCCUGCGGUGAGUUUAUCAUCGGCCGCGUCAUCAAGGCCAUGAACAACAACUGGCACCCUGGGUGCUUCCGCUGCGAGCUGUGCGACAUCGAGCUGGCUGACCUGGGCUUCGUGAAGAACGCGGGCAGGCACCUGUGCCGGCCCUGCCACAACCGCGAGAAGGCCAAGGGCCUGGGCAAGUAUGUCUGUCAGCGGUGCCACCUGGUCAUUGACGAGCAGCCCCUUAUGUUCAAGAACGACGCCUACCACCCAGACCACUUCAGCUGCACCCACUGCGGGAAGGAGCUGACUGCCGAGGCCCGAGAGCUGAAGGGUGAGCUCUACUGCCUGCCGUGUCAUGACAAGAUGGGCGUCCCCAUCUGCGGGGCCUGCCGCCGGCCCAUCGAAGGCCGUGUGGUCAACGCACUGGGCAAGCAGUGGCACGUGGAGCACUUUGUCUGCGCCAAGUGUGAGAAGCCGUUCCUGGGGCACCGGCACUAUGAGAAGAAGGGCCUGGCCUACUGUGAGACCCACUACAACCAGCUCUUCGGAGACGUCUGCUAUAACUGCAGUCAUGUGAUCGAGGGAGAUGUGGUGUCAGCCCUCAACAAGGCCUGGUGUGUGAACUGCUUCUCCUGCUCCACCUGCAACAGCAAGCUCACGCUGAAGAACAAGUUUGUGGAGUUCGACAUGAAGCCCGUGUGUAAGCGAUGCUACGAGAAAUUCCCCCUGGAGCUGAAGAAGCGGCUGAAGAAGCUGUCGGAGCUGGCGGCCCGCAAGGCCCACCCCAAGUCUGUGGGCCUCAACUCCGCCUGAGGGGCCACCUGCCUGCCUUCCGCCUUGUCUCCCCCUUGCUGCUGGCGCCCCUGCUUCUGGUGCUGCCUCUACUCAUCUCUGUGCCCCCUUUCCCCUCCCCUCCCCCAGCUCGUCUCCCCCUCCUCCCCAGGCCCCUUUUCUCUCCUCCUUCCUUCAGUGCAGGCAGGGCCCUUGAGCCUGUGACAGGCCUGUGCCCACAAGCCUUAGCUCGAGAUCCUCCAGGGACAUGAGGGAUGGGGGCCUGGGGGUCACCUGGCCCUGGUCGUGGAUCCCACUGCUCCCAGCCUGCUUGUCUUGACCGCUCCUAUUCCUGCAGCAGCCCCGCCCUCCACCAGCUCACAUCCUCCCGCAGGAGUUGGGGCAGCCUCCACCCCAGAGUGGUCCCACCAUGUGCACAUGGCCCCGAGGAGGCCACAGCCAGGCAGCUAUCCUGGCCAUGAGGACGGGGGCCUCUGGGAAGCCACCCUUUCAUGCUUGGCCAUGCACUCACUCAACCAAAUAGGAUCCUGUGCUUAAACCGCGCCAGCAAAUCCUGCCCAUAAUCGUCAGAAGGGACAAGGACCCCCUCCUUCCAUCCCUCAUGAGGCCUCUUUCCGGAAGUCUGUUGGGGGGGUCAGGGGCCCCGUGGUUCCCCCGAGCUCCUCUGUGGUCCCUGCUCCCCACUCCCCCCACACGCUGGCCCUCUGGAUGCAGUUGGCUGAGGGCCAGAAGGUUGGGUGUGUGGCUCAUUCCGACCUUCCAGGAAGCACAGGACCUGGUGCUUGCACAGUGAAUGAAGGCUUAUUUACACGACCCCA